AUGGCGCUUUUGCAGGCCCGACCCGGGAAGAAGCUGGAGCUGGCCAAGCAGGCAAGGACAGUGGGUUGCAUCGUCUUUUUUUUUGGUUGUGCUCUUCCGGAAAAGGAGACGGCCCUCGUGAAGGGUGGCUUCGUGCAUGUGCCCAGCAGCUUCAAAGCACCGUGGGCUUAUGGAGGCAGUCGUGUCAUCAUGCUUGGUUCACACGGCAACACCAUGGCAGUCCUGUCAGGUGCUGCGAAGCCUCAGGGGGUGCAGGUGGCCGGCUUCCUCACGGAAGACGGGAUCGCUUCGCAAGCCAUGGAGACGGCGAACAAGAUGGCUGGUGUCAUGAGCGACCACAUCGCCCUGCAGCGGGACCAGCUGCGAGUUCAGGAGCGGAUGUGGGCACCCGGCCAGGGCCAGUUGUCUCAGGCCAUGCACAGGACUCGUGGUGGGACCAGGAAUGGACCUACCGCAAGAGGCAUCGACGUGGGUGAGCAGGGCGGCCCAUGCGAUGAGCCGAUCCUGGUCAAGCAAGGAUGCAAUAUCCAAGCGGCCUCGUGA